CCUCCUCUGCGGUUUGCUGUUCCUCCCUAAUCGUAAGUUCCGGAGGUGAAGAUCGAGAGAGAGAGAGAGAUUGAGGAAGAUAAGCAAAAUCUCUUCAAUGGGUUCUGCUUCUUUUCCCGUCUUAGCCUCAUCCAAGCCCAAUUCUUCGCCUGCACAGGAGGGAGACACACCUAACCCAUCCACUGCCCUUCUUGCCUUCGACACUGACUCCUCCUCACCGGACCCUCCUCGUCAGAAACCCAUCACCACCAUCCUCUUCGUUGUUCUAAUCAUCAUCACCUGCAUCUCCCUCGCUGCCUCUGGCGCCUUCGCUUUCCUCUUCUUCUCCUCCACUUCUCGUUCUCACCAACUCUCCACUUCUCCUGCCCACCAAUCUGCCGCUUCUCCUGCCUACCAACCUUCAGCUCCUACAGAAACACCAGUAGAAACUGAAACCAAAGCUCGCCCCCAAACCAAGCUCGAUCAUCCCGUUGUUCUUCUCAUCUCUUCUGAUGGGUUCCGAUUUGGGUAUCAAUUCAAAGCUCCUACCCCCAACAUAGGCCGUCUGAUUGCCAACGGCACUGAAGCCGAAACUGGUCUCAUCUCUGUUUUCCCUACCCUUACGUUCCCCAACCAUUACUCGAUCGUCACCGGUCUCUACCCUGCCUACCAUGGCAUCAUCAAUAAUUAUUUCGCCGAUCCCGUUACUGGCGACACUUUCAACAUGGGCAGUCACGAACCCAAAUGGUGGCUGGGCGAACCCUUGUGGGAAACCGUGGUCAAUCAUGGAUUGAAGGCUGCUACCUAUUUCUGGCCCGGCUCUGAAGUACAUAAAGGUUCCUGGAAUUGCCCUACCAAUCUCUGCCAAUUUUACAAUGGUUCUGUGCCUUUCGAUGAACGGGUUGAUACAGUCCUAAACUACUUUGAUCUUCCUAGUAGUGAGAUCCCUGUAUUCAUGACUCUGUAUUUUGAAGACCCGGAUCAUCAGGGUCACCAGGUUGGAGCUGACGAUCCGGAGAUCACUGAAGCAGUUGCCAGAAUUGAUAGGAUGAUCGGAAGGGUGAUUGACGGGCUGGAGAAAAGAGGGGUUUUUGAAGAUGUCACCAUAAUUAUGGUUGGUGAUCAUGGAAUGGUCGGUACCUGUGAUAAAAAGCUCAUCUAUCUUCAUGAUCUCACCCCCUGGAUUGACAUCCCGAAGGAUUGGGUCCAAUCCUAUACUCCUUUGCUUGCGAUUCGGCCUCCAGCAGGUGUCUCCCCUUCGGAUGUUGUAGGCAAGAUGAUGGACGGUUUGAGCUCUGGGAAGGUUGAAAAUGGAAAGAAUCUCAAGAUUUUUCUUAAGGAGGAUCUGCCGGAUCGACUUCACUAUGUGGGGAACGAUAGAAUUCCACCCAUAAUAGGACUAGUUGCAGAAGGGUUUAAGGUGGAGCAAACUAGAUCGAAGCGGAAAGAAUGUGGAGGAGCGCAUGGAUACGACAAUGCAUUCUUCUCCAUGAGAACCAUUUUCAUCGGUCAUGGACCUCAGUUUGCUAGAGGUCGCAAGGUCCCAUCCUUCGAGAAUGUCCAAAUAUACAAUGUAAUCACUUCUAUCCUUAACAUACAGGGAGCCCCUAAUAAUGGAUCAGCGUCGUUUCCAGAAACUAUUCUUUUGCCCAGCUCCUGAUGCCUUGUUAGCUCGCAUACUUUGGAGGGAUGUCUACCACAACAGGACUCGUCAAAACUGAGGAAUCUGUCUUCCUCCUGAAUGGGUGUUCCGAGUUCUUAAGAUCAAAUUACACCGGGUUAUGCAGUAGUGGAACAAUGUAAGUGGUCAUGCAAUUCUUCUCAAUCUUAUUAAUCAUCUGAAGAAUCUGUUAAUGACGACAUCCCUACAAUUCUUUCCAUCUAUAUGGGUUUCUUGCUGGAUGAUUUAGCCAUUGAAACCUAGCACUAUAGUUGUAAAAGUUGUAAUUUUGUAAGAUGUUAUAUUGAUUUGCUUAAAGAAUAGAGGUGAAAAGUCUUCUACGAUCUUUGUGGAGUUUAUCUUGUCA